CUUCUAACUCUCGUGAGCCCGGAGAGCAAUAUGCUCUUCGGCUGCUGCUCUACCUCUGUGCCUUUGCUUCCUCUACUGAAGUGUUUUUGCUUUGCAUUUAUUUUGUAAUGAGCUUUUUGUUGUUUUUGAUGUGGCUGUUCGAAAACCGAAAUUGAAAUACACCGAAAAAAACACAUUUUGGCGCGCGAUUUUUCGCAGUCGACGCUGACUGAGAUACCACGUCGUUAGAGAGAUCUGCCACAGCCUCUGCCACAGCCAGAGUCGCGGUGCAGCGCAUUUCAAAUAUAAAUACUGGCCUACGAAAUUGUUUCAGUAUCACAAUCCGUUCAACCAUCUUCGCCAGAAGAACCCCAGAAGCAGAGUUCCACAGAGGAAACAAACAGAUUUCGUGUGUGCCAAAACCCCCAAACAAGUGACAACACAAAAUGAAGUGCUUUACAUCGAUUGCGCUGCUCGUUUGCCUGGCCGCCUGGACUCAUGCGGAACCUCCAGUGCCCCAGAACCAGUAUCUGCCCCCCAACCAGUCGCCGCAGGCGCCCUCCAACAACUACCUGCCACCCACGCAGGGCUUUCAGAGCCCUUCCAGCAACUACCUGCCGCCGCAACGCACUGGUGGAAAUGGAGGCGGCAUCGCGGCGCCCAGCAACAGCUACGGCGCUCCCAUUGCCCAGCCCCAGAGCCAGUAUGGAGCACCGGCGCUGACCGGAGCGAUCUUCAAGGGCCAGAACGGUAACGGAGCCGGCGGCUACGGCGGCGGCAACGGUAAUGGCAAUGGAUACGGACAGCGCGACGAGGAGCAGUACGGCCCGGCCAAGUACGAGUUCAAGUACGACGUGCAGGACUACGAGUCCGGCAACGACUUCGGCCACAUGGAGUCCCGCGAUGGCGACCUUGCCGUGGGCCGCUACUACGUCCUCCUGCCCGAUGGUCGCAAGCAGAUCGUUGAGUACGAGGCUGACCAGAACGGUUAUCGCCCCACCAUCCGCUACGAGCAGGUGGGCAACGGCAACGGCAAUGGCAAUGGCAACGGAAACGGAAAUGGCAACGGCCGCAAUGGUGGCGGCUACGACAGCAAUGCGCAGCAGGGCAAGUUCAACGGCUACUAGAGGGAGGCAGGAGAAGAGUAGAGAUGCCUUCUGUGUGUUACCGAGUUAAGUCGACCCCUAGCUAUACGAUCUACUUCGUGGGAUCGCUGGCAUAAUCCCUGGCCGAGUAUUAAGUCCGAUGCCAGGGGCAGCGGUUCCUCAACAGUUUGACAGUGACUGUCUUACUCCAUCUAUCUCUAUCCCGCUCGUCUCUAUGUCUAUCCCCCCUCUAGUGGAGCGCCCGCCAUUUUUGCCAUAGCCAGGCGCGCUCCGUUCCCCCCUACCAGCUGUUCUGUUAUCUCCACCACUGUCUCUAUGCCACGUGCUCCAUUUUGUAUUUUUUGCCGUUUGUUUUGUUUAAGCGCCUCAAUUGUGUUAGUCCACGCACAC